AUGCGCCACAUCAUUCACGCAGAUUUGGACGCCUUUUACGCUGCUGUGGAACAAUUGGAUAACCCCGACCUGCGGGGAAAGCCCGUAAUGGUGGGAGGAAGUCCCCAAAGCCGCGGGGUUGUAGCAACGGCCUCAUACGAAGCCCGUGUAUUCGGCGUUCACUCCGCAAUGCCCAUGGCUACCGCGGUACGCCAGUGUCCUCAAGGCAUAAUCGUCCGGCCGCGUUUUGACCGCUACCGGGAAAUGUCCCGUCUUGUGAUGGACAUUUUUCACCAACUAACCGACCUGGUUGAACCUCUUUCCCUUGAUGAAGCAUACCUUGACGUUACGGGCAAGGUGGCAGAAGGAAGGCUGCCUCUGGGAGUAGCCAUUGAGCUCAAACGCCAGGUCAAGGAUGCAACGGGACUGAAUGUGUCCGUCGGGGUGGGCACCAGCAAAUCGGUGGCUAAGAUUGCAUCCGACCUGGAGAAGCCGGAUGGUCUUGUGCUUGUUGCCCCAGGCGAGGAGAGAGAGUUCUUGUCUCCCCUCCCGGUGGGCAAGCUUUGGGGGGUCGGCCCAAAAACCGCGGAGAGGCUAUAUGCGGACGGCAUACACACCAUCGGGGACCUGGCCCAGCAACCGGAUGAAUGGUUCGCCAGGAGGUUCGGGAAACGAGCUCCAUACGUUCUUGCCAAAGCCAUGGGUCAGGACGAAGAACCGGUAAAGACCGAGCGAACUCCAAAGUCCAUCAGCGCUGAGACGACCUUCCCUGAAGACAUCAGUGACCCUGAGGAAUUGGGGGACGUAUUGAACCGGCUAGCCUUGAACGUUUCGAGCCACCUGGAGCGUAAGGAAGUAAAGGGUCGCACCGUAACGGUCAAGCUCAGGCUUACCGACUUUACCACCCUGACCCGUCAAACCACCCUCUCGACCGCUACCAAUUCGGAGAAGGUGAUUUCGGAAACAGGCUGGAAGCUGAUGUCGGCGGAAUUGACUCCGGGCCGUUCCCUGAGGCUAUUGGGUGUUGGCAUGUCCGGCUUCGCAGAACAUUCUGAUCUGCCGCAGCAACUGCCGCUUCCCUUCUCCGACUCCAUGUCCCAAGGUUGA